UGUUUUUUCAAUAAGUUGGCAGAGCCCACUGAGCAUGUGCAGUGUCACUGACCCUCUUUGCAGCUACUCUGGGAAGAUGGGGGUGUAGCAGAGUAGGCAAGGGCUGCUCAUUGAGUUGUUGAUAUAAGAGUCAGGGACUGCUGAGGGAGUAUGGGCACAGGGCUGAAGCACGGCAGACAGGGGCUGCUCUGAGACCAAAGCGCUGGACCACCCGGGAUACGAUACGAGUGCUUAGAUGCAGAUUUGUUCCGAUAAUGAACCAGUCGCAACACGAGAGACUAGUAUGGCAGCUACAGAAUAAUGUCCAUGUGAGCUUCUGUGAUGUCUAAAAGUUAACACGUCAGAACGAGGAGACGCCGGACACCAAGACUUCACACCAGCGCCACGAGCGGAAGUGAUAUGAGUGCCCCGGAAGUUCCUGCUCGCUGGGUUAUCCUGGUCACCUUUAUUGCAUCACACCGGAGCCGGGUUAUUUUAUCCUCCUAAUCAGCGCUCCUGUCGCUAGGGAGAAGCCUUAGACCUGCCGGGAAGAUGUUCUCGCUGUGCAAUACGGUGCAGCCGCAGGUCACAGUGCCCCUAAGUCACCUUAUCACAGCCUUCCACACCCCCAAAACUGCCGCUUACUUCCCCAGUUCUGCCUCUAUCCAGAGUCUUCAGCGAGACGCGUGCCCCGACCAAGAAACUCACAGCUCCGAGCCUACAUUUAAUUUAAGGGACCUCGGUUUGACUGAACUGCGAAUCAAACAACUGGACAAGAUUUUUGAUCAGCUUCUUCCUGGCAUCCACACAGACACAAAUAAACGUCCGGCCCACUGGCACACAUCUUACGUUUCAUCACAGUCCUUCUUUGAAAACAAGACUGGAUUUCCUGGAGUUUACAACACACUGCGCUCAUGUUCCAUACUCCGGCAACAACCCAGGCCACUUAAACAAAUCUGCAAUGAUCUCCAGAAUUGGCCAGUUUUUAUUCAGUCUCGUGGGUUUAAGACACUGAAACUAAAGACAAAGCGCCUGCAGUCAACCUCUGAAAUUGAAAACACUGCCCCGUCCUUCAUGAAGGGGUUUUUGAUGAGGGAUCGGUUACCAGAUGUGGACAACCUGGAUAAACUUGUUAAGAAUAAAAAUAUCCCAGAUGGACAUGAGGACACAUUUAAGACAGGAUUUGCUGAAGGUUUCCUAAAAGCGCAAGCCCUCACCCAGAGAACAAACGAUUCACUGAGGAGGACACGGCUGUUCCUUUUGGUUCUUCUACUGAUCGGGAUAUACGGCUUGUCAAAGACCCCGUUUUUGUCAGUUCGUUUCAGAACAACAUCCGGUCUUGAUGCUUCAGUUGAUCCUGUGCACAUGAAAAAUGUCACUUUUGAACAUGUUAAAGGGGUUGAAGAGGCUAAACAUGAACUCCAGGAAGUUGUAGAAUUUUUGAAAAAUCCACAGAAAUUCACAGUUUUGGGAGGCAAACUUCCCAAAGGCGUUCUUCUGGUUGGACCUCCAGGAACUGGAAAGACCCUGCUUGCACGAGCUGUUGCAGGAGAGGCUGAUGUUCCUUUCUACUAUGCGUCUGGCUCUGAAUUUGAUGAGAUGUUUGUUGGCGUGGGAGCAAGUCGCAUUAGAAAUCUCUUCAGAGAAGCAAAAUCCAAUGCACCUUGUGUUAUUUUUAUUGAUGAGCUGGAUUCAGUUGGGGGCAAGAGAAUAGAAUCCCCCAUGCACCCUUACUCGAGACAAACCAUUAACCAGCUUCUUGCAGAAAUGGAUGGCUUUAAAACAAAUGAAGGUGUUAUCAUCAUUGGAGCAACAAAUUUCCCUGAAGCCUUGGAUAAUGCAUUGGUGCGACCUGGGCGGUUUGACAUGCAGGUCACAGUUCCCAGACCAGAUGUGAAGGGUCGGACUGAAAUCUUAAAGUGGUACCUCAGUAAAAUCAAAUUUGAUGUGUCUAUUGACCCGGAGAUUAUUGCCCGCGGAACAGUAGGAUUUUCAGGAGCAGAACUGGAGAAUUUGGUCAACCAGGCUGCGCUGAAGGCUGCAGUCGAUGGAAAAGAUAUGGUGACUAUGAAGGAGCUAGAUUUCGCCAAGGACAAAAUAAUUAUGGGACCUGAGAGAAGAAGUGUAGAAAUAGACCGCAGAAACAAGACAAUCACUGCCUACCAUGAGUCUGGCCAUGCAGUUAUUGCAUACUACACAAAAGAUGCGAUGCCCAUCAAUAAAGCGACAAUCAUGCCAAGAGGUCCUACACUUGGACAUGUGUCUCUACUGCCCGAGAACGAUCGCUGGAGUGAGACCAGAUCUCAGCUUCUUGCUCAGAUGGAUGUAAGCAUGGGUGGAAGAGUGGCAGAAGAAAUCAUUUUUGGCACUGACCAAAUAACCACAGGUGCAUCUAGUGAUUUUGACAGCGCUACAACAAUAGCUAAGAUGAUGGUGACUAGAUUUGGAAUGAGUGAAAAGCUGGGGGUGAUGACUUACUCUGAUACUGGGAAACUGAGUCCUGAAACACAAGCUGCUAUAGAGCAAGAAGUCAGAUCACUUCUAAAGGAGUCCUAUGAACGUGCUAAGAACAUCUUGAAGACCCACGCUAAGGAGCAUAAAAACUUGGCAGAAGCUCUACUGAUGUACGAAACGUUGGAUGCCAAAGAAAUCCAGAUGGUGCUGGAAGGAAAGAAACUGGAGAGCAGAUGAUAGUUCUUCCUCCCGGCUGACUGCACUUUUGUUAAAAUAGGGAGACGGAGAUCUACUAAGGAAUAACUCAGGACAGAACGAGAUGGAAUAUCCCAAGUAAGAUGUCUACAUUGCACGACUGACGUCUUCACUAAUACAUAUAGCAGGGGGGCUGCAGAUAAUAGAUCUGUUCUGGGAUUUCAUUGUAUAUGCCCAGCUCUGGAUCCAUUCGUAUGUUGCCUUAUAGUAUGUACAGGUAUGGGACCUGUUAUCCAGAAUGCUGGGGACCUAGGGUGUUCCAAAAACGGAUAUUUCUGUAAUUUAGAUCUUCAUGCCUUAACUUAAAUCUACUAGAACAUCAUGUAAACAUUAAAUAAACCCAAUAGGCUGGUUUUGCUUCCAAUAAGGAUUAAUUAUAUCUUAGUUUAUAUUAAGUACAGGCCUGAGAUCCAUCAUCCGGAAUCCUGUUAUCCAGAAAGCUCUGAAUUACGGCCGUCUCCCAUUGACUCCAUGUUAUCCAAAUGUUUAAAAACGAUUUCCUUUUUCUCUGUAGUAAUAAAACAGAGCAUUUUACAUGACUCAAAC